UGAUAGGUGUAGCAGUACUGGCCAGCUUAUAGAUGAUGGGCUCUAAAGAUAAGGUUGUGUCACAACAUCCUGCAGAUCGAGGGAUCGGACCAAUUCCUGGCUAUGUUGUUUCACCUUAUCCUUAUCCCAAUGGGGCUUCAGUUCCAGCUAGUUUGGGGGGUAAGAUGUCAAUGGUCCAGCCGCCACUGGCCAGCCUCAUGAUGUAUAAUAAUGAUUACAGUCAACCUCCUCCAGCUCAUAUGGGAAUUCCACCUGUACAUAUCGAUCCAAAAACAGGGUUGCCACGACCUCCCAUGUAUGGUUACCCAGCUCCCCCUGGUCAGUUUCCGCACCCUAUUUAUGGCCCAGAUUUCCCUCAAGUGCAAUGGCAAAGACCUCCAGGUUAUCCUAUAUCCUCAGGUGCCUUUUCUGGGCCUUAUCCACCGUCAUUAAUCAACACAUCCCCGUUAACACGAUUUGGUCCACCCAGUCUUUUACCACCUCCAGGCUUACCGCAUCCAGGAAUACCCCAUCCAGCAAUUGUCACUGCAGGACCAAAACAGGAAGUGAUGUCACAUAGUCAAGAUAAUCAUCGAGAUGCCAUUUUUCCAGAAUUAGCCAGAAAUCCAGAAUUUUAUGAAUUCUGGAGAAAAUCAGCUUCAUAUUAUGGGCAUAGUUUGCAAGAACAGUCAAGUAGCCAUGCGAGUGAGGCUCAAACAGCUGGUGAUAAAAAGAAACCUCAUAUAAAGAAACCAUUAAAUGCAUUUAUGUUAUUUAUGAAAGAAAUGCGGCCAAAAGUAGUAGCAGAAUGUACAUUAAAAGAAUCUGCAGCAAUAAAUCAAAUUUUGGGGCGAAAGUGGCAUGCUUUAACUAAAGCAGAGCAGGCAAAAUAUUAUGACAUGGCUUGCAAAGAGAAAGACUUGCACAUGCAGCUCUAUCCUGGCUGGAGUGCCCGCGAUAAUUAUGGCAGAUAUGCCAAAAAGAAAAUCAAACGAGGGAAGCAGCAGUCUGAAGAUACAGGUAUGAAUAAUGCUAAAGCCAGAUUACCAUGGUAUUUCAAUGAUGUUACCACAGAUUCUAUAACUGCUGAAGGAAGCUCUGGCGGGGAUUCAUAUCAGUGGGAAAGGACGAGGCCAUCUAUUAUUGAAUGCUCAAACCCAAAGAAAUGCAGAGCUAGAUUUGGUCUUGACCAACAGAAUCAGUGGUGCAAACCAUGCAGACGAAAGAAGAAGUGUAUUAGAUUCCUGACUGGUGAAGAUGGAACAGCCAGCAACACUGAUGGGGAGGAUGGCAAUGAUGAUGUUAUGAGUGAUGGCAUCACCACAAUGACAACAACUGCAGAUUCUAUGAAUGAAAGUGACUGUAAUUUAGAGAGCCCUAACCUGUCACCUCACAGCGAACACAUAAAAGAACAGCAGCAACAGAAAUUCAUUCAAAAUAUUAAGGUUGAAUCCACAGACUCUGCUUAUUCUCCACCACCAGUGCCUCGUUCCUGCUCUUCACCAAACACCUAGGGAAAGCCACAUUUCCAAUUCCAAAAACCAUCGAUUACAGGUAGCAUAAUAUUUCACUAUUACCCCCUGCCAUGCUGCUGGCAGGGGAAUAUGAAAUAGAUAAGGACAUUAAAAGGAUUUACCAAACAUAACCAGACAAAGAAAAUAGAGACGGCAUGUAUUAUAUAUACACAUAUAUAUAUAUAACUAUGUAUGUAUAUGUGUGUGUGUGUGUGGUACAUGUCUGUGUAAAUGGAUGCAUGCACUAAGGUACAUAUAUGCAGAGUCACAUUAUGCAUACAUGUCUUCUUGGGCUAUGUUUGUGUGUUAUGUAUGGGUCUAUGUCUGUGUGUGUAUGCAUAAGAAUAUAUGUGAAGCCAUACAUAUUUGCACAUACAAUUAUGUACAUGCUUGUUUCAAGUCUGGUGGAGUGCAUGUGUGCAUAGUUGAAGGAAGGGUGUGUGUUUGCAUGUAGAUUGUAUGUUUUACAUACACACACAUAUAUAUACACACAUACAUAUUUAUACACAUACACACACACACAUAUAUACACACGUGUGUGUAUGUAUGUAUGUGUGUGUAUGUAUGUAUGUGUGAUUGUAUCUUAAAAAAAAAUUACCAAAGCCUAAAUCUGAAGCUUAAACAAUUUAGAUUGAAGAAUGAAUAGUUGAGCCACUCUGGGAGGUGUUGGGCUCCACUGAGGUCUGUUUAAGCUAGGCUUAUGCUUGGGGAGGGUAGGGAGGAAUCUCAGCACUGCUCAGGGUCAGCAGUCAAAGAAUUUGGUUCGAUAUUUGUCCAACAAAACAAGAUUUUGAAGAAAGCAAAAAAAAAAAAGCAAAAACGAAACAACAAACAAGCGAAAAAUACUAACAGAACUGGGGGUAAAAAUACAAGACAAAAAGGAAUUUAAAACUAAAUAAAUCGCAGGGUCGCCCAAAAUUUUGGAAAAAAUACAAAAAAAAUAGAAAAAAUGAAAGAACGAGCAAAAGCCUAAAACAGAAACUUUACUGAAAUCUAUUGCCAUGCAACUCCGUCGUACAGCUCACAGCUUCUUUCACUGAUGGCGCCUCUGGUCCGUAUAAUUAAAACAAAAAUAAACAAAAAACAAUAAUUAGUGAAAAAAAAAGUGAGGAAGAAAAAGAAAAGAGAGAAAAAAAGAACAAGCUUUGAUAUUUUUGUAUAAACAUUGCCAUCAAUAUGUGACGAUUUCAUUCACCAUGUGUGUAUUCUUUUUGUUUUUCUCUUAUCUUUUUCCUCUAUACUUUUAAAAAGGUGAAAGAAGAUUUUAAAAAAUAUAAAAAAAUAGGAGCUUAUGUUUAACAAAAAUAUAUAAAAAAACAAAAAUGACAAUACUGAAAGAAGAAAAUCGAGUCCAUCCUUGUUUUUUUUUAUUAUUUUUUUUUUUUCUUUCUUUCCAUUUAAGAAAGACAGUUAAACGAGUAAAAGAGAAAAAAAAAACAAAAAAACAUUGACAAUACUUUUUUCCUUGGUUGUAUUAUUUUAAGAGUAAACGACAAAAUGAACAACAGUAAAAAAAAACAAAAACAUCCAAUUAUGAGAAACCUGGGGAAAAAAAUAACAAAAAAAAAGCAACUUUUUUUUAAAAGUGAUAAAAAUUCUGAUCAUUGUAAAUAUUGCAUGAGAUAGUGAUGUCACUAUUUUGUGAUGUUUUUAGUACUCACUAGGAGAGGUUGUUGUUGCCCUUGUUCUGAACUGCAUCAUCUGCCUCAUAUCUCCAUGGUUACCAGCUUCAUUCUUCUCAUCACUGGACCUAGGGUUCCCCAUUCCCACCCCCUGUCACCACUGCUGUGACUCUCCUUCCACCCCCACCCUUCCAUUUACUCUUUUCUCUUUUCAGUCAUCACCCUUGUUCGCUCACUCACAACCACCGCCAUGCCCUUUUCUCCAAAAAAAAAAAACGGUAAAAGAGGGGACCCCUACCUCUUUCCUGGCCCUGUAGUCUCUCCACCCUAACCUUCCCACAUCCACACCUCCUCUCCACUCAGAACCGAACCUUCAAGGACAGUAAGAUGACAAAAAUUACUGCUACAACAACGCUCUGUCCACAAUGUUUUUUUUUUUCAAUGGAAAAACAAAUAAAAUUAAAUAAUAAUAAUAAUAGUCAUUAAAGAA